AUGACUUCUUCUACCGUUUUCGUUUCUGGUGCUAAUGGUUACAUUGCUCAACACAUCGUUAAACAAUUGUUAGCUAAGAACUACAAGGUUAUUGGUUCAGUCAGAUCCCAAUCCAAGGGUGAAGAUUUAGCUAGUUUAGUCAACAAUUCUAACUUCUCCUAUGUUGUAAUCCCAUCAAUUAGUGACAAAGAUGCUUUCUACGAAGUUCUUCAAAAGCACCCCGAAAUCACUGUGUUCUUGCACACUGCUUCUCCAGUUACGUUUGAAGUGGACGAUGUUGAACGUGAUUUAUUAAGACCAGCUAUUGAUGGUACUGUUAAUGCCUUGGCUGCUAUAAAGAAAUAUGGACCUCAAAUUGAAAGAGUUGUGAUUACUUCUUCUGGUGGUGCUGUCCUCGGAUUCGACAAUUAUUUCGAAAGCGACAAGAUUUAUGACGAAGAAAGUUGGAACCCUAUCACCUAUGAAGAAAGUAAGUCAUCAGGUCCAGUUAAUGGUUAUUUCGGAUCUAAGAAAUUCGCUGAAUUAGCAGCUAUUGAAUUUGUUGAAACUGAAAAGCCAAACUUUGAUGUUACAUUCGUUACUCCAGUAUAUAACUUUGGCCCUCAAGCUUACGAAGUUAAGGACAAGUCUAAGUUGAACGUUUCUGCCGAAGUUGUCAAUACUGUUCUUAAAUUCAAAAAAGGUGAUGCUAUUCCUGAAUUUGGUAAUAUCUUUGCUGACGUAAGAGAUGUUGCUCGUGCUCAUAUUGUUGCUUUUGAAAGUGAGAAUUCCAAGGGCAAGAGAUUGUUAGUUGGUACCGAUAACUUCACUUAUGAUACUAUUGCUUAUAUUAUCAAUAAACAUUUCCCAGAGGUUGAGAUUCCUCAAGGUGAUUUAUCGAAAAAUGAAGCUAUUUAUAAGCUGAUGGUUCAAAAGUAUGAUAAUUCAAAAACCAAUGCGAUUCUUGGGUUUGAUUUGAUUGGUCUUGAACAAUCCAUUGUUGAUACAGUUAAGCAGCUUUUAGUUUAA